AUGAUGCCAUCUGACCUGUGUCUGCUCCUCCUGUGGCUGGUGCUGGGCCUGGAGAUGAAGGGUAACGGUGCUGGAAAAGCAAAAGCUGUUGUACGUCCCCCCUGGGCUCCUGUGUAUGCCCGGGUGCCCUACCCCAUGGUCUGCCCUCCUGUGGGAAGAGAAGGAGAUGUUCCACGGGCAGCUGCCCUCCAGAGUGUACAAAGCCUAAAAUGUAAUUGUUUCUAUCUAUCCAUCUCCACAUGCAUUUUGUUUUUAUUCCAGGUACAUAAAUCUCUGCCCUUUGAGGUUCUUCAGCAGAUGGAUGCUGGUCUGAUUAAGGUGUUGAUAACGGGUAUUACUAAUGGGAGCACAGUGGUAAGUUUCAAUUUACUGAUUGCAGAAGAUGUGGAUAUCUACUACAUCAUCACCACUUUUCGUGAUGCCUUUGAACACAGCUCCUAUUUCACAGUUGACAAGAGCAAUCUCUCCAUAAAUGAUUAUGAUGAGUGCAAAAGCGAAGAAGAUGACUGCUCCCCAGAUGCAUCGUGCCAUAACACACUUGGGUUUUACCGGUGCAGCUGCAAUGAAGGAUUUGCUGAUGUGCAUCCAGAAAGGCCUGGAAGAAGCUGUGAAGCAUUUCCUGUCAGCCAAGAGGCAACACUGACGGAUGAGAGACCUGUACACAGCACACUUUUACCUGCAACAUCAUUGCAAACUUCAACUUAUGUUUCCUCCCCUGCUUCAUUGGACUUCUCUACUGCUGAGCACAAAGCUCCGGAGGACACCGUGUUCUCCAGCGUGGUGCUGCCUCCUCUCACCACAAAUUCUGUGUCAACUCCUGACGUUUCUCCUCAAGCAUCUCCUGUCCCCGUCGUUAAACCUUCCCAGGAGAUUUCCAUUAAAGAUGCAGUGAGAGUGUUCUGUGAAAUAGAGAAGAUUGUCCUUGCUAUCCAGAAGAGAUUUUUACAGCAGGAGUCUAUCCCGGAAACCUCCCUGUACCUGGGGGAGCCUCGCUGCAAUGUGAGCAUCAGCAACGGCACUCACGUUGUGCUGCAGGCAGGCUGGAACGACUGUGGCACUGAAGUUGAGACUAACAUGACUAAUACCAUAGUGAAAACCAUCCUUCGGAAUGACAUUUCUGCUCAGGGAGUAAUCCACCAUUUAAAAGUUGCCAGUCCCAUUCACUGUGUGUUUCAAAACGAUCUCUUGACUUCCUCUGGAUACACUGCAGAAGGACUUUACACCAUCUUUGAGGAUUUGCAUGGAUCUGGACACUUCAGAACAGAAAUGCAGUUGUUUAUUGGAAACUCCCCAAUACCAAAAAAUUUCAGUGUCUCUGCCAGUGAUGAUGUACUGAUUGAAGUGGGGAUCCAGAGAGCAGACAGCAAACUCAAGGUGGUCCUCACUGACUGCUGGGCGACUCCAACUAAUAAUUCAGUGGAUCCCUUCUCGUUUGCUUUUAUCAGCAACAGCUGUCCCAUCCCAAAUACGUACACCACACUGCUAGAGAAUGGGAAUUCAAACAAAGCACAGUUUAAGAUGAAAAUUUUUUCCUUUGUCAACAAUUCUGUAGUUUACCUACACUGCAAAAUGCGUAUUUGUAUGGAGACACCAGGAAAAACCUGCAGGACGAGAUGCCAUGCGGUUCGAUCCCUGAAGACUGGUGAAACCAUCGCUGCGUACAGAACAUCUUGGGGACCCCUAUGUAAAUCAGCUGCAUCCGAUUUGAAGGGAGAGAAGGAGGCUGGACUGGAAGUUGGAUACAUCAUCCUCAUUGCCUUUACUGUGUUUGUCUUUGUGCUGGGAGUUGUGAGCCUUCUCAUUUUCCAGUACCAGCGAAAGACGGGAAGAUACAACUUCAGAAUCAAGUCUGACAACUUCAGCUACCAAGUGUUCUACGAUUAG